UUAUUCUAUUAUUCUACCUUGAAGAACAUGCGAUCGUUUCCAUUUAAAAAAUGAAACGAGGGAAAAAAAAAAAAAAAAAAAAACCCAAUAAUGAACCUGCAAUUCUGAGCUUUUAUAUUUUUGUGAACUUUGGAGAAUACACUUGUGAUGGUGAUAGAAUGAUAGAAGAUCCUGUUAGAAUGGAAUCUGAUGGGGAUAUGGACACCAAGAUUAUAGAAAAUGCACUAGUGCAGGUGACUGGUGGAGGCGAUGAUGGGGAAUUGAUUGAAAUUCCUGAUGGAUUGAAGUUAGUUAAACAUGCUGAUGUACUAGAUGAAAAUAUUGAUCCUUAUAUUGGUAUGGAGUUUGAAUCUGAAGAGGCUGCCAUGAUAUACUAUGAUGCAUAUGCUAGGCGUGUGGGGUUUAUUAUCCGUGUUGGAAAUUGCCAUCGUUCAGGUCGCGAUGGAUCAGUUAUUAGUAGAAGGUUUCUUUGUAACAAAGAAGGUUUCCGUGUAAAUAAUAAGAAAACAAAGUGUAUUGAAGUAAGGAAGCCAAGGGCAAUCACAAGGGAAGGUUGCAAGGCAAUGAUCAUGGUACGGAAAGAGAAGUCAGGAAAGUGGGUUGUUACAAAACUUGAAACAGAGCAUAGUCAUCCAUUGGGGAUACCUGCUGGUAAGGGUCGUCAAGGUACAAUCCAGGCUCGACCUCAGGACCUUUCAGGGACUCUCAACUCUCAACUCUCAUACGGGGACCCGGCUGGUCAGAAUUCACUGCAUCAGUUUGGUCUGUUUGUGGGAAAAGUAACAUCAAAGCCUGAGCUUACAAGAUGCGACUACGGAGUGAUUGUGAAGUGUCACCACCCGGUUGUGCAGGGGGAUCCUCCCGUCCACGACACCCGGCAAUCCCAGGCCCCACAUAAUGGUAGGGUACCCACAGAAAAACAGAGGACAAAUUGGGGUACAAAAGCUCCACCGGCAGGUUGGCAACACAUACACCGGCCGGCCGCUAGCACCUGCGUACGCAUGUCUGCAGAACUCUGCAUUCUGCCAGUUUGCUUGCUGAACUUUGUUGGCCAUAGCUGAGCACAAGGCCAAUGGCCAUUGCAUCACACAACAUGAGGAGGGUCUGGUGUGCCUCUAGGGUUCAUUGUUACCUCACUCCAGGGCUUGAUUAAGUGACCGUAGCUCAGGUUAUCCAAUCCCAAUAAAAUUCUGGGAAUUUGGAACUGGAAUUUACUGAAUUAAAGGGCUGGGCCCUUCCCUUCACUACUAGCUCUCAAUUGUUGCUGGAUUGACCUGCAUAGAGAAAUAUGAGUCUUCUCCCAGCUCCAAUUAAGCUCAGAAGUUGGCAACAGGGAAGAAAACAUAUAAAUAUUCCCAGUUUCCCCAAAUCAAUGUAGCAAUAAUAUUCCUGCAUGCCCUAUGAUAAAAUUCCUUGCAUGCAUAGCCUAAUUCUUAGUCCAAUUACAAGGAAUUACACUUGCAUGGCAAAAGCCCUAAGGUCUAGGGUCCCCAGAGAUGAGUUAGAAUCAAAUUGGGACCCUGAACCCACUCUGAAAUUACGGAUUCAGUUAUAGGGAACUGGACCAUAGCUUAGGGACUCAAUUCCAACUACCGAUUUCAUAUAAACCUUAACCCUAACAUGCUACCUCAUUUAUACUAGCAGAAUUACACUAAAUUAGGAGAGUAGAUAAUGCGGGGCCGGUGGGCCCCAAGAGGACCAACCCGAUUGGAUGUGGGCCCACUUAAGGAUUUAAGCGAACCAGUGGCUGAGAUUAGUAUGAUGAAGGGGUUAAACUGAAGUAGAAUUCCAAGAUUAGGGGCUUUAUGAGAAAAUUAAAGAAAGGGGCUGAGUGCAAAUAUGAAGAAUUGUCUUCUUCUACCUUUAUGUAAUGCUGGAGAGCAAAUCACGAUAGAAAACCCAACCGAAGCCCUACAGGUUUCGAUUGAUAAAGCUCACUCAACAAGAAUCCAAUCGAACCAAAAUCUUGAGGCUGAUUUCAUGACUCAAAACCCUAUUGAAAUCAAGGGGUACCCAGGCUCAACAAUCCAUUGUACAUGAAAUAAAGCUGUUGGAAUUUGACUGGCGGAAGCAGCAGAAUUAGUUCUACUUGCAGGUAUCUAUCGCUCCACCAGAAAAGGGGUUUAGGAGUUGAAUACCUAGGGUUGUGGGUCGCCCAGGGACGGGAUUCCUUCGGUCGAAAUCUCAGGAGGAACCACUUGCUUCCCAAGGAGAUCGAUCAACUUAUGUGGGGGCUGUUAGUUCACUCAGGAACAGAGCAUGAAAGAGAAAUAGGAAGAGGAAGA